UGACCCUCUGGUAUCACUCGGAACCAGGUACAGUUUAUAGAUUCGCUGGUUGCUAUAGCACAGAAAAGCUUUUAGUAAGUUGCAUGCGGCCUUACCCGUCUCGAGGGCACUAGACACCAGUUCUAAUGCAUCCUUCGCUCAGUAAACCCUUAGUUUUACACACCAAAAUACAACCACCCUCGGCCUCACCACGUCUCAAGAGAAUUUACUUAUCUAUCAACUUCCGACCAACAAAUGGCAUUAACUGACCUCUUUUUUCCGUCCUCGUGUCCAAGUGAUACUAGAACUGAACCACAUAUCGAAUUCCCUUUCCAAGUAACCCUUAAACUUCGACUUCGCCUUGAUUUUGUGCUAAAACUUUCCCUCCGAUCCGAAUCAUUUAAAGUUGGGGACAAUUUAAAGGGAAUUAUUCCCUCGCAAUCAUUUACAACCAUAGAAGCCAGCUGAAUCAGAACCUGAAUCUGAUAUCUCAAAAGUGCGGUUCACAACUAAUUAUGUCUGAAUGGGUAACGUGUGUGCCUGUCGCAGUAAGGACAGUCAGAUCAACGCGGGGUCAAUUUUGGACCGGGUCAUCAGCCAGGCCAGUGACGAGGACCAGUGUUUGCUCUACCGACUCGCGAAUUACAAGAAAGGCGGGGAACUGAUCGAGGCGUUCAACCGCGGCGGACAAUCCGAGGUCGAGCAAGUUAUUCGCGGACAGUUCGGAAUUCUGAUGUACAACAACGGCAAGGGCCAGACGAUAAACCGGGCCGAGUAUCUCAGGUGGAAGUUCCGGGACUUGGAGCAGGUUGUGCUGCCGAUAGAGGCCUCUCUGUCGAGGUUCGACCCCCUGGCCAGGUGGACCGACCACGAGGCUUGCUGGCAAAUGCAGUACCGCGGCUCUCUUGGGGAGACUCUUCUUCACGUUCUGAUAAUCUGCGACACAAAGACUCACACCAGGAUCGCUCGGGUCUUGAUAAAGUGCUUCCCUCGGCUGGCCAUCGAUGCGGUCGAAGGCGAGGAGUAUUUGGGCGCCAGUGCCCUGCACUUGGCCAUCGCCUACAACAACAACGAGCUGGUCCAGGAUCUGAUCGAGGCGAAGGCGAAUGUUUCUCAGCGCGCUAUCGGGAGCUUUUUUCUGCCCAGAGACCAGCAGCAGCAAAGAGUCUCCAGGAACACCGACUACGAGGGGCUGGCCUAUUUGGGCGAGUACCCCCUGGCUUGGGCUGCCUGUUGCGCUAAUGAGAGUGUUUAUAAUCUUCUCCUGGAUUCUGGCGCUAAUCCCGAUGAUCAAGAUUCUUUUGGAAAUAUGAUUUUGCACAUGGUUGUCGUUUGUGAUAAACUUGAUAUGUUUGGUUACGCUUUACGUCAUCCGAAGUUUCCAGCGAGUAAUGGAAUUGCUAACACAGCGGGAUUUACACCUCUGACACUGGCCUGUCAACUGGGAAGAGCUGAAGUAUUUCGUGAAAUGCUCGAGCUUUCGGCACGUGAAUUUUGGCGUUAUAGCAAUAUUACGUGCUCGGCGUAUCCACUAAAUGCACUGGACACGUUGUUACCUGAUGGUAGAACCAAUUGGAACUCAGCUCUGUUUAUUAUUUUGAACGGUACAAAAGCGGAGCACCUGGACAUGCUGGACGGUGGGAUAAUUCAGCGACUGCUCGAGGAAAAGUGGAAGACAUUUGCUCGCUUACAGUUCCUGAAACGUCUAAUUAUUCUUGUAUUUCAUCUAACGUCUCUAUCCUUGGCCGUUUAUCUGCGUCCGGGAGAAAUCGAUGCUGACUUGAUGGGAUGGCCAGAGGAGUGGACGGAAAUAGGUCGAACUAUUGCCGAAUGCAUUACCGUCUUAGGUGUCUUGGGUUACAUUUUAUUCCAACUUGGUGGCGAGGUCGUAAACAUUGGCCUUAUAUCUUUCCUCAAGCAAUUGAGUCAUGAACCAGCAAAAUUUAUAUUCCUUUUAAGCAACAUAUUGAUCCUUGCUUGCAUCCCUUGCCGUCUGGCUGCGGAUCGUCAUCUAGAAGAUGCUAUUUUGGUGGUCGCUGUUCCGGGCUCGUGGUUCUUGCUGAUGUUCUUCGCUGGGGCCGUACGGCUAACUGGACCGUUCGUCACGAUGGUCUACAGCAUGAUAACAGGCGACAUGCUGACCUUUGGAAUAAUAUACAUGGUUGUGCUAUUUGGAUUUUCCCAAUCAUUUCAUUUUCUCUAUAAAGGAUUUCCGAGGGUCAGUUCCUCGCUUUUUCAAUCUUAUCACUCUACUUGGAUGGCCUUGUUUCAAAUUACACUCGGUGAUUACAGUUACUCGGAUUUGAGCGAUACAACCUACCCAAAUUUAAGCAAAACAGUAUUUGCUAUUUUUAUGGUCCUUGUACCAAUUUUAUUGCUCAACAUGUUAAUUGCUAUGAUGGGUAAUACAUACGCUCAUGUUAUUGAACAAAGUGAAAAGGAAUGGAUGAAACAGUGGGCGAAAAUAGUGGUAUCACUAGAGCGCGCAGUGUCGCAAAAAGACGCUCACAAUUAUUUGCAAGAAUACAGCAUAAAAUUAGGUCCCGGAGAUGACCCAAAUAAUCCAGCCUCCGAGCAGCGAGGUGUCAUGGUGAUUAAAAGUAAAUCUAAAACCCGUGCCAGACAGAGAAAAGGCGCACUGGCUAAUUGGAAGCGAGUAGGAAAAGUGACAAUAAACGCCCUCCGUAAGCGAGGAAUGACCGGGGAAGAAUUGAGGUGCAUAAUGUGGGGCCGGGCUUCGAUUUCUACCCCAGUCCGAGCCAGCCCGCACUUGAACGAGCGAGAAAUCUCGGGGUUGCCAGCAGCAUCAGUGAUGGGAGGAGCAUCGGUACCUCCGCAGCCGCUCGUACCGGCACCGACGUUACCACCUGGUUUUGGGGAUGCUCUCACAGCAGCUCUGGACGUGAUGGCCUUUGCCCAAGACAUUGACCCGAGUAGCGGAGCCGAAGGAAUAACAAGCACCGGAUACUUAAUAUCGGACGGGCAUCAGUCAAAAGGUCUGCCAAUGACAAUCACUGAAUCCUCGAUAUCUCCAACAACUGUUAUUGAGAUGGAUAUAAAUAAAACUCCGGAUGCGAUAGACUGUCCUACGAGCUAUAGAAAUCCCAUUAGUGGAGUUGCCCGGGUAGAUCAGAAUCGACUCAAUGGGCCACCACCUGAAGACAGCGCCAAGAGCGACCCGGAUCCUUUGCUGAAUCUGGUGAUUGCCUCGGAAAGCCCCGAGUCCCAACACGAGGCUCUGCUCAGGAUGGCCGAGGAGGCCAGAAUUUCCAGCGAAGUUAGAGUUAAGCUCGAUGCCUCCGUUUUAGAGUCCUUUGGCCUGGGACUCGCUCCGGCCGAGAUCCUUGCUCAGGCACCUGUUACUGAAAAGGACAAACUCUUUGAAGAGUCCAGCGACGAUAUUUGUGGAAGCAAUCUAUUGGGUACGGACUCAAGACUGAGGAGAAUAAAAUCAGCGAGCAUGAGAUACAAGAAAGAAACAAACUCAGUGGAUGAGAAUAAACAGAACGGCGUUGGUGUCAGGUUGUUUGAUUAUUAUUCUUCAUCAGAAGAAAAUCCCCCGAGUGGUGUUAUACUUACAAACGGUUGUGUAAACGAAUCUACUUCAAAGGUGAAAAAGACAACAGUGUCAUCUGCGUCGUCAUCGUCGGAUAUGAACCGAGAAAAUAAACCCGAGCGAGUGAAAUCAGACGUUAAAGACGCUCGUUGGGAAAAUGAGAAGCUUGAGACGGCUACCAGGGACGAAAAGAAUCACCCGCAAAACGUCAAUAAAAAUCACAAACGUCGUGCUAAAACUGCUAAAAACAGAGUAUCGCCGAAAGAAGUUAAUACCAGGGGAAGCAACGAUAGUCAGCAAAAAGAAACUACUUCAACUCCCGCCUCACCUACGGAUCCCCUUGAGCCGUGGAGCACUCGCGGGAUCAGCGACAUGAACACAAUAUUGGCUUGGCGAGAAAAUGGAAUGGAUAGUCCUUAAUUGACUAUAUGAAUCACGAAAUCUUUUAGGUUGCUGCACGAAUUAAGACUUUUAUUUAAUGUGACUGUUGUGUCUUCAGAUGUGGAAGUACGCUUUGUUGAAAAAGUAAUUUUUUGGUAAA